UCUCAGUGCGCUCGUGUUCGUCCUGCAAGCAACAACAAAACGGCAUUCGAAUCCGCGUAUUUACGAUUCCGUGCGUUCCUGAACUGGAUAUCUCGAUUGUGUGACCCGGUAGCCAUCUCCCAUCCCCCAUAGACCCCACCGUUGCCUGCGUUUGGGGGAAUGGAUAGUGCUGCUCCGUCGUCGUAUUUGACUCCCGGGGCGGCGUGUGUCUCGUGUGCGUGUGAAUGUGUAUGAUUCGUCAUCGGCAAUUGUCAACUUUCAACGACCGGAAAAAGUUUGAAAACGACGAUUAAGCGCCAGGCUAUGCGGUAUAUGCGUGUGUGAAAACGAGUUUACUCCGAUAUAAUAAUAAUGAUAAAGAAGUGAAGUGAAAAUCCAACGCACCAGCAGCAGCAACAGCACGUGCUACACGGCACCCUUCACCCUCCCUUCCCAUCGUCAGUCAAAACAAGAAAAGCGAAGGAGGAAGCCCAUCUCAUAAUGAAGAGGAGAAAAUUAAUGAAUCGAAAAUUAUGAAAUCCAAUAAUAAUAAAUUAUGUGAAGCAGCCUGGCGCAAAGAAUCUAUUACAGUGAAUUUAUUUUCUCGGAAGGCAGAAAGUAGCCUGUGAACAACAAAGUGGCUGAACGGGAAAUCGGAGUGGAAGAAAACAGCAAAAGUUGUUGGAAGUCAGAAUAUCAACAAGGCUUCUGCUUCGGCUGCCCGAGGGGUGGCAGGAUGUGGGUGGCCACUGCUGUGGUUCCCGGUGGUCGAGAACGAUGGGUCCGACACCAGAAGAACCGCCCAGCAAACCGCUCUCGUUGUUGUUGGUCCGGCGUGUAGAAGAGAAUGUCUGAAAGUGCUCGUGGGAAAAAUAUGAAACGGCUCGGAGUUCGACGAACUUGCGUGGAAAUUCUCCUGGGGUUGGGAAGCCGCAGAUGAAAAGCAGGAAAAUAGGCCUAUUGGAUUGGGGUCUACGACGGCGGGAGUAACGAAAUUGAUAACUGCCGCCUUUUAUUUUGCUGCUACGGCCCCUAUAAUUGUGUUGCAAACGAGACGUUGAAAACAUGGCAGAAGAAACUUUCCCGGGGAAAAUUGCAGCAGAUAAUCGUGCAUUCAAGCAGUAAAUGGUUUUAACACGGUGUGAGCAAGGGAGUGCAAAAAAACCGAAACAGUGAACAAAAAGCUUAAAAGUCUUAAAAGUGAGAACCUGUUGGGAGAGUGAAAUGUGUAAUUUGAAAAGUAAAAUAAACUCCCACCGAUAGUGAAAUGCAGAAAUCGUGUUGAGAAAAAUUGCUUUUCAGGAUUUCAUUCGACUACGGUAGCGUGAGUUGAGUAGAGGAAAUCAGCAAAUCUGAAUUUCUUCCACCGAAAAGGAUAUCACAGUCAAUUGUUCUUCCAUUCUGUUCGCGAAGCACGCAACUAGCCCUUUUUGUCCAUCGUUCUCUCAAAAAGCCAAUAUACAAAUUCACCCCAAUAUGUCACUCCGGUGACACUUGACAGAGCAGCCCUAAGCCCUCUGCGAAAUACUGUGGAAAGGUGUACUGGAAAAGUGUCAGCGUGACAGCGAGCCUUCGUGCGAGAUAAGAAAAGUAUACAGGACAAGCCUCCCACGACACAACAAAAAAAUAUUAAAACACAAACACACUUACACACGUACAUCAAAAGGUGGAAAAGCACCCACAAAAUACGGAACAAAUAAGGCGGCGAGAGGGAGAGAGAGAGGAGAAAGAAAGGAAGCAAUAAAAUAAUUAGCGCGCGGGGGAAUUGAGACAUGGGGCUGCAGGCGGCCUCGUGUGCCGCGUUACUGACAGCCAUCGCUAGCGUCCUGCUCCUAGCGCGGAUACCGCAAUGUGCACUAGCGUCACAUGGGAAUUUCUCAGACUUUCCCUUCAUCUAUAUGACACAUCCACCGGAAAUCAUUCGGAAACCAACGAACCAGGGAGUCCGGGUUGGAGGCGUGGCGACGUUCUUCUGCGGAGCGAGAGGUGAUCCACAGCCAAACAUUGUUUGGAGGAAAAAUGGCAAGAAAAUAAUGGGUUCCCAAUCGCGCUACUCGGUGAUCGAAUCUAAUGGCAUUUCGAUGCUGCGAAUCGAACCGGUACGUGCCGGCCGUGACGAUGCACCGUACGAAUGCAUGGCAGAAAGUGGCGUCGCCGAUGCCGUGUCUGCUGAGGCGACUCUCACCGUCUAUGAGCCGGACAAAACGCCAGAGGGUUUCCCUGUCAUCACUCAGAGCCCCACGACGCGUGUAAUUGAAAUUGGCCACACGGCCGUGAUGCAGUGCAAGGCAACCGGAACGCCACCGCCGAAGAUCUACUGGAUCAAGGACAUGAAGCGUGUCGAUAUGACCAAUCCCCGCUACAGCAUCAACAGCGAAGGAAGCCUUCAGAUAGACAACAGCGAAGAAGGUGACAUGGGGCGGUACGAGUGCGUGGCGGAAAACUCCGUCGGUACGGAACAUACAAAGCAAACGAACCUUUAUGUGAAAAUUCGACGCGUACCCCCCACCUUUUCCCGCCCACCGGAACCUGUCUACGAGGUUAUGCUGGGUGGAAAUUUGACGUUGACCUGCGUGGCAGUGGGAUCACCGAUGCCAUUCGUCAAAUGGCGUCAAGGAAUUGAUCAGGAUCUUACGCCCGAAACCGAUGUCCCCGUGGGGCGAAACAUCCUGGAGCUAAGUAACAUUAGGCACAGUGCCAAUUAUACCUGUGUCGCAUCCUCGACGCUCGGGAUAAUCGAAGCUGCCACCAUGGUGAAGGUGCAAUCGCUGCCAGCAGCACCCACCGACGUGACGAUAUCCGAGGUCACCGCAACACAGGUUCGCCUAGAGUGGUCGUACAAGGGACCGGAAGACCUACAGUACUACGUAAUCCAGUACAAACCGAAGAAUGCCAAUCAGGCGUUCAGCGAAAUCAGUGGCAUCAUUACAAUGUUCUACGUCGUGCGAACGUUGAGCCCGUACACGGAGUACGAGUUCUAUGUGAUCGCUGUGAACAAUAUCGGUAGAGGGCCGCCCUCGUCGCCAGCCACGUGCACUACCGGAGAGACAGAGAUGGAAAGUGCACCGAGGAACAUUCAAGUGCGCCCGUUAAGUUCAUCGACAAUGGUUAUCACUUGGGAGCCACCUGAGACGCCUAAUGGACAAGUGACUGGCUACAAAGUGUACUACACCACAAACCCCAACCAACCGGAAGCAUCCUGGGAAUCGCAGAUGGUGGACAAUAGCGAGUUAACGACCAUCUCGGAGCUAACGCCGCACGCAAUCUACACCAUCCGGGUGCAGGCGUUCACAUCGAUGGGGGCCGGUCCAAUGUCCAAUCCGGUACAGGUCAAAACACAGCAAGGCGUUCCCUCCCAGCCGAGCAACUUCCGUGCUACCGAUAUUGGCGAAACAGCUGUCACUCUCCAGUGGUCCCGGCCGACCCACUCGGGCGAGAACAUCGUACACUACGAACUGUACUGGAAUGACACCUAUGCAAACGAGCAGCAUCAUCAGCGCAUUCCCAACACGGAAACGUACACUCUGAGUAGUCUCUACCCGGACACGUUGUACUACUUCUGGCUGGCGGCUCGAUCUCAACGUGGUGAAGGCGCGACUACGCCUCCAAUUCCCGUUCGCACCAAGCAAUACGUACCUGGUGCACCACCACGUAAUAUAACAGUUGAAGCCACCAGUCCGACGACGAUCAACGUUUCCUGGCUGCCCCCGCCAGUGGAGCGCUCGAACGGUGCCAUAGUGUACUAUAAAGUGUUUUUCGUCGAGGACAACCGCUCCGAUACUGACGCAACCGUGACCACCCUCAACUCCACCAGCAUCGUGCUGGACGAGCUGAAACGCUGGACCGAGUACAAGGUCUGGGUACUCGCCGGGACCACCGUGGGCGACGGGCCCCGGUCCUACCCGGUCACUGUUAGAACCCACGAAGACGUGCCCGGAGAACCGCAGGACGUCGUGGCAGUUCCGGUGAAUUCAACCACCAUCAAAGUGACGUGGAAACCGCCGAAGGAGAAGAACCGAAACGGCGUCAUCCGAGGGUAUCACAUUCACGUGCAGGAGAUGCGCGAAGAGGGCCGAGGACUGCUAAAUGAGCCGAUGAAGUUUGACGUGGUGGAUGCGAUGGAAUUCAACGUGACCAGUCUUCAACCAGACACCAAGUACUCCGUUCAGGUGGCAGCAUUGACGCGGAAAGGCGACGGCGACAGAAGUGCACCGAUUGCGAUUAAAACUCCCGGAGGUGUCCCGAUUAGACCGACGGUAAGUCUGAAGAUUUUGGAACGGGACCCUACGGUAUCGAUCGAGCUGGAAUGGGAACGACCGAAGCAGACUUAUGGUGAACUGCGAGGAUAUCGCGUGAAGUGGGGAGUUCGAGAACAGCCACUGAAUGAGGAAACCAUAAUGAAGGAAAAUACACUAACUAAGCGCAUCAACGAGCUGGAACGGGGUGUGGAGUAUGAAUUCAGAGUGGCCGGAAUGAACCAUAUCGGUAUUGGUCAGGAAACAGUGAAAUACCUGCAAACUCCGGAGGGCAUACCAACCGGGCCGCCGGCAGAUAUUGUCGUUAGAUUCCAGACACCUGAUGUGGUUUGCAUCACUUGGGAGCCUCCAACAAGGGAGCACAGAAAUGGUCAAAUUACACGAUACGAUAUUCAAUUCCACAAAAAGAUCGAUCAUGGCCUCGGCACGGAGAGAAACACGACAGUCAGGAAAGCUGUCUUUACCAACCUGGAAGAAAGUACGGAGUACAUUGUCAGAAUCCGAGCAUUCACGAAACAGGGGGCAGGUCCGUUUAGUGAAAAGAAAAUUGUUCCGACAGAACGCGAUAUGGGACGUGCUCCACUAAUGGUGCAAGCCGUUGCCACUUCUGAGCAAACCGUUGAAGUUUGGUGGGAAACUGUGCCUUCCCGCGGUAAGCUUGUUGGCUACAAGAUCUUCUACACCAUGACUGCAGUCGAGGAUCUCGACGAAUGGCAAAUGAAGGUAGUCGGAGUAACAGAAUCUGCGGAUCUUUUGAACCUGGAGAAAUUCGCUCAGUAUGCCAUUGCGAUCGCUGCUUUGUACAAAAACGGUCCUGGAAGGCUCAGCGAGAAGGUCACUGUAAAAGUCAAGCCGGAAGAUGUUCCCCUGAACCUCAGAGCUCACGAUGUCAGUACACAUUCCAUGACCUUGAAUUGGGCACCACCGAUCCGACUGAAUCCAAACAAUUACAAGAUCUCCUUCGAUGCCGUCAAAGAGUUCGUCGAUUCUCAGGGUAUUGCUCAGAAGCAAGUCCUGCCGAAGCGAGAGAUCGUACUGAAAAGCCACGUCACCUCUCAUACCAUUGGAGAACUGUCCCCGUUCACCACCUAUUUUGUAAACGUCAGUGCCAUUCCAAACGACUAUUCGUACAAGCCACCCACCAAAAUCACAGUUACGACACAAAUGGCCGCUCCGCAACCAAUGGUUCAACCAGAUUUCUACGGAGUCGUAAAUGGUGAAGAGAUCCAAGUGAUUCUUCCGCAAGCAUCCGAAGAAUACGGGCCAAUCUCACACUACUUCUUGAUCGUUGUCCCAGAGGACAAAUCAAACCUGCACAAACAUCCGGACCAGUUCCUCACAGAAGAUCUUCUACCGAGCAAGACGCGCUCGGAACGUCUAAACGCACCGUAUGUCGCAGCGAUGUUCCUCCAAAGAAACAUACCCUACACGUUCCAUCUGGGAUCCGGGGAAACCAAACACAAUUUCACCAACAAAAAACUCGAACGAGGCAAACGCUACCGCAUCUUUGUCCGAGCCGUAGUAGAUACUCCUCAGAAGCACCUCUACACGUCUAGUCCGUUCUCGGAGUUCCUUGCCUUGGAUAUGAAGGAAGCACCAACCGGAGAACCACCACACAGACCGAAUCCCAAUGUCCCGCAAGACCCAGAAAUCCUCAUUCGAGGGAAAAGCGAGGAACCCGGAAUGAUUUGGGUCGUGGGUCCCAUCAUUUCUGCCCUCGUGCUGUCCUUUCUCCUGGUGAUAAUUUACUUUGUUAGACGGAGACAGCAACCGUACAAAACUCCGGAUCAAGCUGCCGUUACUCGACCAUUGAUGGCGGCCGAUCUGGGUGCGGGACCUGCUCCUACCGAUCCGGUCGAUAUGCGAAGGCUUAACUUCCAAACUCCUGGCAUGAUCAGUCAUCCACCUAUCCCCAUCUCGGAGCUGGCCAACCACGUGGAACGCCUCAAAGCCAACGAUAAUCUUAAGUUCUCUCAAGAAUACGAAAGCAUCGAACCGGGUCAACAGUUCACUUGGGAUCAUUCGAACAUGGAAGUCAACAAACCGAAAAAUCGCUAUGCAAACGUCACCUCUUACGAUCAUAGCAGAGUAAUCCUGCAACCAAUCGAGGGAGUACCCGGUUCGGACUACAUCAAUGCAAACUACUGCGAUGGCUACAGGAAACACAACGCCUACGUAGCGACGCAGGGACCUCUGCAGGAGACAUUCGGAGACUUCUGGCGAAUGUGCUGGGAACUGAAGUCUUCUACGAUCGUCAUGAUGACUCGACUGGAGGAACGAUCUCGAAUCAAAUGCGAUAUGUACUGGCCAGCACGGGGCACCGAAGUGUACGGCGUUAUGACGGUGACAAUCACGGAAACUCAGGAAUUAGCUACCUACAGCAUAAGGACGUUCCAAAUUUGCCGAAGCGGAAGCAACGAACGACGAGAGAUGAAACAACUACAGUUCACGGCAUGGCCAGAUCAUGGCGUUCCGGAUCACCCGGCUCCAUUCCUACAGUUCUUGAAACGCACCAAGGUACUCACGCCGCCCGAUUCAGGACCUAUCAUCGUACACUGUUCGGCUGGUGUUGGCAGAACCGGAUGUUACAUCGUAAUCGAUUCUAUGCUGGAACGUAUGCGUCACGAAAAGAUGAUUGACAUCUACGGUCACGUUACUUGUUUGCGAGCACAACGUAACUACAUGGUUCAAACCGAGGAUCAGUACAUAUUCAUCCACGAUGCUCUGCUGGAGGCGGUCAUCUGCGGUAGCACGGAAGUCCCGGCCAGAAGUCUACACAAUCACAUACAGAAGUUGAUGCAAACUGAGCCAGGCGAGAACAUUACCGGAAUGGAAAUGGAAUUCAAGAAGCUAUCGAACGUGAAAGCCGACUCGUCCCGAUUUGUGACGGCCAACUUGCCGUGCAAUAAGCACAAGAACCGUUUGGUUCACAUACUGCCAUACGAAGCAUCCCGUGUAUGCUUGACACCAAUACGGGGCGUGGAAGGCAGCGACUACAUUAACGCCAGUUUUGUCGAUGGAUUGUUUUACAGCUAUCGGUAUCGCAAUGCAUACAUUGCUGCACAGGGACCGCUUCAGGAGACAGCGGAAGACUUCUGGCGAAUGCUGUGGGAACACAAUUCCACCAUCGUUGUGAUGUUGACCAAGCUCAAGGAAAUGGGAAGGGAGAAAUGUUUCCAAUACUGGCCCCACGAGCGUUCGGUGCGGUACCAGUGCUACGUGGUCGAUCCCAUUGCCGAGUACAACAUGCCACAGUACAAACUGCGCGAGUUCAAAGUGACCGAUGCGCGGGACGGUUCCUCGCGUACGGUGCGGCAGUUCCAGUUCAUCGACUGGCCAGAGCAAGGAGUGCCAAAAUCGGGUGAAGGCUUCAUCGAUUUCAUCGGACAGGUGCAUAAAACGAAGGAGCAAUUCGGCCAGGAUGGCCCGAUUACAGUGCAUUGUAGUGCCGGUGUUGGUCGAACCGGGGUGUUCAUUUCGCUCAGCAUAGUGCUGGAGCGAAUGCAGUACGAGGGUGUGCUGGACGUGUUCCAGACGGUGCGGAUACUGAGGUCGCAGCGGCCGGCGAUGGUGCAAACGGAGGAUCAAUACCAAUUCUGCUACCGAGCCGCACUGGAAUACCUGGGUUCUUUCGACCACUAUGCCAACUAAAACGAUUCAUCAGCAACAUCCACAGGACACAAUAUGAUAAAAUGAUAGCACACUUCAAUUACCCAAAUACGUGAGAAAAUGGAACAAUCGCCAGUAGAACAGUGACAUACCAGAUAAGUGAGAACUUCAUUCC